AUGGCUGGCUCUGUUAAGGAGUAUGAAUUAUUUCAGCUGAAUGGUGCAAAUGCGGUGGGGUGGUUGGUUCGGCUGUUUGGCGUGAUUUCUGGCCUGGCCAGCAGCACUAUCUUAUUGAAAGAUGGACAGAACAUGGUCAUGCCAGGGUCGGUGGUUGGUGGUGUUAAUUGGAGAGGAGAGCGAUGUGGUUGUGUUUGGGUAGUGCUGCUGCUGGUCGAUAUGAUUUUGUGGGUAGAGUUGGUUGGUUUGUGGAUUGUAUUCGAAUUCGAAGUGCGCUGGUCUUGUGCUGCCGAGGCUCUUAUGCCGAGGCGAGCGAAUCAAUCAACCGAUUGGAUUAUAAGUGAUCGAAGGAAUGAUCGUUCGUUCGGAUGGAAUGAUCGUCGUCGAAUGAGGAGGAGUACGACGCACGAAACUCAUUCCGCAUCCGAUGCUUGCUUACCUAGCGAAGAGAGAGAUUUUUCGAGAGUCAUAACUGAAUGCCCAAAUUUAUGGAAGUUAAAUGCGUCGUAA